AAAGAAGAACCUUUGAGGUUAUGUUUACUUAGAUUUUUAAAUUCCUAAACAAUUAUUACAUAUUAGAAGAGCUAAUUAACCGACUUUAAUAAAUAGAGUAAACAUGGACAAGAUUCUAAAUACAAAUAUUCGAACAGUUUCACGUCUAUUAACCGAAGGAACAGUGAAAACCAGCGACUUCGUUCGCGAGUCUCUGAAGAGAAUAAAAGAAACGGAAAAUCUGAAAGCCUUCAUAACAGUAACUGGAAACGAGGCGGAAGAACUAGCAAAACAAUCGGAAAAGCGUUACAAAAAUGGACAACCCUUAUCCGACAUGGACGGUGUGAUUAUCGGAAUUAAGGACAAUUUCUGUACAAAAGGCAUAAGCACAACGUGCGCUUCGAAAAUGCUAGAGAAUUUUAAACCACCAUACAAUGCAACAGCAUACCAAAGAUUUUUAGACGCAGGUGCAAUACUAAUAGGCAAAACAAAUUUAGAUCAAUUCGCCAUGGGUUCCGGAACAAUAAACUCGAUAUACGGCGUUACGAAAAACAACUGGGGAUGUAAAGACGACGAUAAUUUUUAUAUUGCUGGAGGAAGCAGCGGCGGCAGCGCUGUAGCUGUUGCUACUGGUGCUUGUUUCGCUUGUUUAGGAUCCGAUACAGGAGGUUCUGUGCGAAAUCCAGCUUCCUAUUGUGGUGUUAUAGGUUUAAAACCUACGUACGGCCUAAUUUCUCGAUUAGGUCUGAUUCCUUUAGUGAAUUCAAUGGAUGUUGUUGGAAUUUUAACGAGAACUGUCGAUGAUACGGUUAGCGUGUUAAAUACAAUAGCUGGAUUCGAUGAGAAGGAUUCGACAUCCCUUACAAAACCGUUUAAAAAAAUUAGGUUACCGCCUGCUUCUAAAAUGAAAAUUAAUGGUAUUAAAAUAGGCAUACCUCUGGAAUAUAAUGUUGAAUAUUUAAGUGAAGAAGUAGCGAAUGUAUGGAAUGAUAUUGCCUCGAUGUUGAAAAGUGAAGGCGCCAUAAUAAAACCAGUGUCUUUGCCUCAUACCGAAUACAGCAUUGUAGUGUAUUCAAUUUUAAAUCAAUGCGAGGUAACUAGCAACAUGGCCCGGUAUGAUGGAAUUGAAUUUGGACUUCGUGCUAGAGAAGAUUAUUCGACUGAAAAAUUAUACUCGACCACACGUAGAUUAGGUUUUGACGAAGUCGUAAAAGGUAGAAUAUUGGCCGGUAAUUAUUUUUUAUUGGCCAGUAACUACGAUAAGUAUUUUACCAAGGCUCUUAAGUCGAGGAGAUUGAUAUUGAAUGACUUCGAUAACGUCUGGAACGAAGUUGAUUUUUUACUAACACCGACGACAUUAACAGAAGCGCCAUUAUACAAAGAUUAUGUAGGACAGGACAAUAGGCAUAGGUUGGUCGAAGAUUAUUGCACGCAGGCUGCAAAUUUGGCUGGUAUUCCAGCGAUUUCUGUACCAAUAAAACUAUCGAAAAACGGGCUUCCACUCAGUAUUCAAUUGAUGGGGAGAAACUUGAGCGAGCCAAUGUUAUUAGCCGUUUCGAAGUUUAUAGAAAAUGCCGUUAAAUUUCCUCACUUUCAAUACAAUCGCACUUAGAAUUGUUUUUACAAUGUAAUUUAUUUAAAUUUAAAAAUGUUUUUUAUAAUUUAUUGUUAUAUAAAACUGAAUUAAAU